AUGAUGAAAGUAGUGAUCGCUCUUGUUUUGGCUAUGGCAGCCGUUGCAUGCGCUUCGGUCAUACCAUACAGAUUCGGAGAUGGAGUGAGCGCCAGGCAUUUCUACAAAGGAGAGGUUCCCUACGGAAUUUAUGGUCUCGGAUAUAAUGGAUACUAUGGGGCCUAUGACAACGCACUCUAUUACGGAUAUGAUGGACUCGGUUACGGAUAUGGACCCUAUGGAUACUUUGGAAGAUAUGGCCUCGGCUAUCUCGGAUAUGGAAGAUACUUUUGA